ACCACUCAGAUGCCUUUCUCCUUUCCCAUGGUCCACUUCAUCCUCUUUGUCUUCCUGGCUUCCACCGUAUUUCACCUUCAGCGGCGGCUAACGAAGAUCCAACCAGCGUGGGAGUUAGAGGAACAAGACCAGAGUUACUCCACAGAGACACUCAGUGGCUUCCAGCCCAAGGGUAUAUGGACAGUCAACGUGCAAGGUCGUCUGGGGAACCAGAUGGGCGAAUACGCCACCCUGUACGCCCUGGCCAAGAUGAAUGGACGGCCUGCCUACAUUUCAGCCCAGAUGCAUAACACACUAGCUCCCAUCUUCAAGAUCACCCUCCCUGUCCUGCAUGACAAUGUGGCCAACAAGAUCCACUGGAAGAACUACCACCUAAACGACUGGAUGGAGGAGAAGUAUCGCCACAUCCAGGGAGAAUAUGUCCGCCUCACCGGCUACCCUUGUUCCUGGACCUUCUACCAUCACCUCCACAAGGAAAUCCUCCAGGAAUUCACACUGCAUGACCAUGUGCGGGAGGAGGCCCAGAAAUUUCUGUGGGGCCUUCGGGUGAAUGGGACGCAGCCGAGUACUUACGUGGGGGUCCAUGUCCGCCGGGGGGACUAUGUUCAUGUCAUGCCGAAAGUAUGGAAGGGUGUAGUGGCUGACCGGCGAUACCUACAACAGGCCCUGGAUUGGUUCCGGGCACGCUAUAACUCGCCUGUCUUUGUGGUCACCAGCAAUGGUAUGCAGUGGUGUCGGGAGAAUAUCAAUGCCUCCCUGGGCGAUGUGGUAUUUGCUGGCAAUGGGCUAGAAGGGUCCCCCGCCAAGGACUUUGCGCUGCUCACACAGUGUAACCACACCAUCAUGACCAUUGGGACAUUCGGGAUCUGGGCCGCCUAUCUUGCGGGUGGACAAACCAUCUACCUGGCCAAUUACACCCUCCCAAACUCUCCCUUCCUCAAAGUCUUCAAACCCGAGGCGGCUUUCCUGCCAGAGUGGUUGGGAAUUGAGGCCGACUUAUCCCCACUCCUAAAGAACUGA